CGAGUGCACUCGUGUCCGGACUCUGGUGCGGUGAACUUCUCUCUCUCUCUUUCGCUCGCUGCGCUAUACUUACUGUAUCGCGCUUUGUGUACACAUAUCAUAUUAUUUGAACUGGCCGCUCGCACGCGCGCUGGGAAGGAUCGGCUCCAGACGAGCAUACGAUGCGAAAUUAACGGCGAUUGUGCGAUUUUCUUUUGUGAGCCUGUGGUGAGCCUUUGUUCGCCGGUAUAAUACAGUGGGUGGAUGCACUUGUGAGAGGAAGCGAUCGAGGUGAUAAUAAAUACAGCCCGAGAGAUUGUGAUGCAGAUCUCGUAAUCGUGCGUCUUUGUAUACGUGUACGAAGAGUGCGAAACUGUAGUGUGGACCUUGUUGACUAGACAGAGUGCAGUGCGAUUUUCCUGGGAGCAAUAAACAGAAGAGAACCGACUCGUCCUCCCUCCCACAUCGUCAACAGCAAAAAUGCCACGUCGCAAAGCUCGAGAGUUCGCGAGCACUGAGCACUGAGUUGUAGGUCGAGGUGGGGUUAACCAGGCAAGUUUAAGAGGCUGUGGUCAACACGCAGGACCUUAGAAGAGAUCCGGCGCUCCAAGGGCUAGGCGCUCAGUCGCAAUCCAAUAGAGACACCACCCAGAGUCGCCAAACCAGGGCCGCCUUCUCACCCUAUUCUAUAAAAUUGGAAAAAGCCAUCAACAAGCCUCACCACGUCCACGAGUACGGGGAGGACUUCAUCGAGCACUCAAGCCUCACCACGUCAACGAGAACGGGGAGAAAUCCAAAAUUGUCCACCUCAUCACAUACACGAGAACGGGGAGGAAAUAAGCACACGAGCAGCGCUGCCGCCAGCAAAAAGCCACUACAGACGCAUCAACCCGGGCAACGAGUCAUCAUCACCAAGGAAGAGCGACGGUGUGAGUAGCCAUCAUGAAGAUGUUCGCGAUGAACCCGAGAUUUCUCCUCCUGAGCGUCCUGCUGGUCUUGUUAGCGAUCAACUUGUGCGAGUCGUCAACGGCGAAGAACCGCAACCGCAAGAAGCAGCAGCGGGAGAAGGAGCAGAAGGAGAUAAACGUGUGCGAUAUCGAGCAGGAGAAUACUCCUCUCUACUGCUACUGCAACGAUAACAAGCUGGCCAGUGCAGAAGACGCUAACUGUCUGAUCUUUAACAAACUCGAACUGAGCGAUCCGAUCUGGGCCCACUUCAAUGCGCAGAUGUACAUCAGAAAGUUGAGCUUCGUCGUCAGGAGCGAUGGCAUGAUUACCUACGUCCCUACUGGUGUGCUCAGGCAGCUCAAGAGCCUCAACGCCAUCAGCUUCCAACAUGCCAAGUUCGACGCCAUUGAGAGCCAGUCGUUCGCUAGUCUGCCCAGCGUGUCGACCAUCAACCUGAACAAGAAUAACAUUAACGUGCUCAAAUGGCACUCCUUCGAGGGACUCAGGAACCUGACUUUACUCAACCUCGACGAGAACUACAUCUCGGAACUUAGCAGAGACAUCUUCUACGACGUGCCGAGGCUGCAGAAGCUCUUCCUGAACCACAACAACAUCUCCUUGCUGCACGACAAGGCGUUCAAGCACCUGCCCUCGCUCCAAGAGCUCGAGCUCAAUGACAACAAGCUCUCGGUCCUUACCAGCGAGAGUUUCAGUGGUCUGCGCCUGCUGCAGCGCUUAGACUUGCGUAACAACCAGAUCAGAAUGCUGGGCGAGCGUAGCUUCAUCGAGAUGCCGGAGCUCCAGGAACUAGACCUCGACCAGAACCGCAUCGAGGUCAUCUCGAACAGAGCUUUCGACGGACUGAAGAAUCUCCGCAAGCUCAGACUAAGCGAGAAUAAGCUCUCGGUUCUCGAACCUGAUUUUCUCAUUGGUGCCCCCUCCAUCAAUCUCCUGGACCUCAGAGAGAACGAGCUCACCACCAUGACCUUCGACAACAUCAAGCCCGUCAUCAUGAACUUCUACAACAACUCCAGCUACUUCUAUCUCGAUGGUAACAAACUGAUCUGCGACUGCAAGCUGACCUGGAUCUGGGGCCUGAGAAACGAGACGAAGAAUGCGAAGUUGCGCGAGGGCCUGGAGGAGCUGACUUGCCUGCUCGAGGCCAGCUACGACGUGAAACUCGAUUCCGGCGAGGACAUGAACCGGGCGCUCGAUGUCGUGCGCAAUCCGGGCUACCAUAUCAAGGGAAAUAUGGACGACCCGCAGUACUUGGGAGACAACAACUACGACGAUGACUACGCCGACAAUGACUACCCUGCGAUUGGACACGCGGUCGAAUUAAACGGUAAGCGAGCCUUCGUGCGACACAUCUUCGAGCUGAAACCAGACAAGCUGCCUUGUCCAGCGGCGUCGCGCGAGGACGUCAUGGCAUCGGAGCAGCCUUCAGGCCGCCACCAGAGCUCCUCUAUCUUCUCCUUCGUAUCGGGCGCCUCCAGCAUCUCUCUUACGACUGGCCUACUCGUCAUUGCUUUUGCCCUCUUGACGUAGAAACCGCAAGUCUGCUAUCCGGUCCAGUUGUAAGCUUGAGGAUUCGAACACGGGUCAUAGGUUCGCUUCCCGAUGGACUCGAUGCGAACGUUGCCUCGUAGAUGGCGCUGGAGAACUUAUGGAUAUUAGAUCGUUUUAAAGAUGUGCUCGUUCGCUUCGAUUCCGUGGUUGAUUUUGCUAAACUAUGAUUUGAAGUCCAGCUAUUGGCUCUUCGUUAAUCCGACAAAGUGUCGCGAAGCCGAACUUUCGAAACCCCGAGAUACUAUGUUCGAAUCCUCAGACGAGUGAGCUAUGUGACGAAGGAAUAGGUAUAUACCCACGCGUGCGCGUAGAUUCGCGCGAGAUCCCUUUACUUAGUGUGUGUGUGUGUGUAUGUGAUGUGCCUGCGCCCUCUCAUGUCGAGCCACAGGAACGUCACGUGAGACAAUCUAAAGGGUAGAAUAGAGAGGAUGGAAAAAGCGAUAGGAAUGGAAGGGGACGGAGAAAUUUUAACGUAAAAUUUAAGCGAAGCACGGUAUUAAUAGACGGAUUUAUUAUACAUGUCGCACGCGGGAAGGUUUCGUCGAGAAAUGUCCAGGUGAUGGAGGUCAUCUAAUUUUUUUACCGGGGAUCGAUGUUCUUCUGCUCAAUUUUCGCAUGGAUUAUGUAUGCACUUCUCGUGACACCGAUUAUUAACGUUAACUAAGUUCGUCAAAUGACUCAUCUUUGCAGGUUACGCAUAUACCCUGUAAGACGUUGUUUCUAACUAAACAAAUGUAUAAGAGAUGGAUGUAUAGAAGUCGAUGACACGUAAGCAAAACGUUAUACUAGUAACGACACUGCAGUGUGAAUCAAUUGUAGAUUGAUCCACGCGUAAAUCUUAGGUGAUUCUUUCUUCGUGCGAUGUUAUAAAUAAUGCAUUAACAUAUUACAAAAAAAAGAAAAGGAGAAAAUUCAAAUUUCCCGCUCUCGUUAUAAAAGGCGAGCACGCGGCGAAUAAGCUCUAUUAAACGUGUGUCAUUGUAUUAUAAAGGUAAAUACCAAAAAAUACUGUAUUGUCGCGCGACAUAAGAGACGAAUAUUGAGUACUUUUGCUUUUUCUGUAGGUGCCAUUUUUAGCGUUACCCCAUGUCCUUUUACUGCAUACGCGAUUUGUUCCAAAUUUCAUAUUGGAGCCAUCAUCGGUGGCGAUCGAUGAAUUCCAAAAGAUGUUUUAAUGAUCAAUAAUGGCUGAGUGAAAUUUUUUAACGACUCUGGUCAGCCUUUCAUUAUUUGUUUGUACGCAAGUUAUCGCAUAUUAUUACUCCGACGCGAGCCAUUACCAUACCAUCGUCGUUGUUAAGGCAUCUUUUUGAUAUAUUUUGGAUUCGAAGAAAAAAAAACUAAGAAAGAAAAACGUCCUGGAGUGUGUUUAUUGGGGAAAAAUACGAUUGAACGAGAUUGCUAUUAUUUUUCUCCAGCGAUCGAUGGUCAUUUUAUACACCGAUAAGGCGACUUUAUCGUAAAUGUAUUAACUGUAAUUAUAAUUAUACGUAAUUCUUAGAGAUAUAGUAGUGCGACUAUUGCCGAUCAAUAUAUAAUGCGUUCACAAUGAUUCAAGACUGCGAAGGAUGUUUUGUAAUUAAACUUAUGUGAAUGCCGCUUGCACGGAUGAGUAUCAUAUAUUCCCGUUAUAUUGCGGAAUUCGUUUGCGCUUUUUCUAUGCGAGAUUAUAAUAUUAAAUUAAAUAAUGGGGAAAAAUUAUACUUGGCCAUCGUGUUUUUAAAGUGUGAAAAAUUUUCGAAUGAUUUCUGCCACUUUUUGAUGAUUUAUAAUAUUUUGUAUCACGCAACGACUUUUUUUUUAAGGAGAUGAAAGGAAAAGCGGAAUUAAAGAAGAAAAUUACGCGCAGAUAUUGUACAACCUUGUUCAACUCGUCUAUGCAUAUUAAGAAAAAAAGAAAAAAUCUACAAAAAAAAAUAAACGACAGAUUAUUAAGUAUCGAUGUAAGGCGCGCGCGUCUGGGCGAUCGCCGGGGGACUUCACGAAAUUUCGAUGUUCUCUUUAAAAGUAAGAAUUUACCGAAAUACACUGUUAAAGCAUUAAUAAACACAACUAUAGAAAUUUAAAUAGAUAGUUCGACAUUUUCCGAGCCAUUUUCGACCCGACAGCAUAUUACACCGACCUAGCAUCAGUGUCGUGAAUAAAUUUGAUUAUUCGCUGUAUUCGUACAUUAUUAAGCACUUUUCAUUGACAUGCACCUUCGGACAAAUCGAAGAUAAAAUUCACGUCGACUUUUUGAUCAUUUUUUUUAGGUACCUUAUAUAAUACGAACAAGCAAUUGACAGACUGAGCAUCAACAUAUUACACACAUACACCUUCCAUCGAAUUUUUUACGUGAGUUUACACUUUUGCAUUUUUGUAAUUUACAUUGUAGAACGUAUAUUGCAAUACAGAAUAAGCGAACGACGUCGAACACGUACCUAUAACUGUCGGGUUGGAAAAAGCGCACUUUUUCGCAAGACUUGAAAAAAAGUAUGCUUGACGUUGAAGAAAAUUAUAUAUAAAAAUUAAAACGAAAAUGUAAACUAAGAUUAUAGUGUUAACACUUUUUCUAAACCUUUAUCAUCCGUUUGGGUUUCGUGCGGCAACUAUAUAUACGUACCGAUUUCGGUGAAAAGCGAUUACGUUAUACUUUUCGUAUUCAUCAAAACACUGUAUAUUAUUUUCAUUGUAUUACCUUGAAUUUGCAAAGCUUCGCUAAUACGCCUUUGUGUGUAACAAAAAACUUUCACAGUAUAAUAUGUUUAUAUUAAUUAUAAAAAUUGCGUAUUAUGUCAAGUAAAAAAAAAUAAAAUAAUACUUAUUAUGGA